CCCACAUUAGCCCCCUACUGCAGAUGUCCGUCGGUUGAUAAGGUGGAAAAACUUAGACAGUUGUUUGCCAGCUACAGCUUCGGUGACCAUUUGGUGAUGAUGCCUUUUGGUUUUAGGACAUGUGUCUGAAUGCCCUCGUAGUACACAUCAACAGAAAUGAAUAAAGACAAUCCACGGAUUGAAAUGGACCUGGCUUUUGGAUCAGACAAGACCUACGGGUCCUCUAGAAGUAUUGUGAGGAGAAUAGCUUCUAGUCUUCCUUUUAAACCCUGCCCCAGGGUUCAUUUUCAGCUUUACCCGUACAAUGAGGACGCUGGUAUCCUGAUUGGCGGCAGCAGGCCGAGUGGUUUGGCCUCUCUGGCUGAUGUCGGCUGGCUCGACAGGGACGAGGAGGAUGAGGAAGAAUUCAUCGGCAGACCCAGGUCAGCGGUCCCAGCAGGACUCGUGUUUCGAGCCCGCGAGACUCACCGUCAGAGGUCAUUGUCCCGCCAGAUGUCACUACCCAGCCUGCAUCAGGGGCCCCCGGACCCCCAGGGGCAGACAAACACCAGCGAUGAGGCCAAUCAGAAGAUCAGCGCUUUGGAGACAGAACUCGCCAAACUCCGAGCUCAGAUAGCACAAAUCGUUUUAUUUCAGGAAAAGAGCACACAGCCAGCUGCUACCACAGGGAUACCUCCACCUCCCCCUCCACCCUGUGGCACCCUGCCUCCCCCUCCUCCACCGCCCCCUCCCCCUCCGCUGCCGCCCCCACCUUCAAGCCUCCAGCGGACAUUUUCUGCCAUUGAUUUGAUAAAGCAGCGCAGGGGGAUGAAGACGGAGGGUCACACAGAUUUGGACUCGAGGCCAGCAGAAGUCCCCAGCAUGCUCGACGUCCUGAAAGACAUCGGCAAAGUGAAGUUGCGAUCGGUCAAAAGUCGCCCAGGAGAAGGUGAUUCCAAAAUGAAGUCCAGCGAGCCUUUAGAUGCCGCUUCUCUCAUCGCCGAAGCCCUGAAACGCAAGUUUGCUCAUCGUUAUCGAAAUGACAGUGAGUCAGAAGACAAGGAGGAUUUCAAGCUUCCCAUUCCAGAUGUGAAACCCCGAACGGAAGCUCUCCCUCUGUUUGGACAGCACAUGUUGAAAUCGCGGGCAAAAAGAAGUUGAUCUGAGCUCGAGCUGCAGAUGUGCUGCGGACACUUUAAAGUGCCUUACCUACCUUUUUUUAAAUAAGGGCAGUUUCUGUGGAAGAACAAGGGAUUCUGAGUACCAGUCAUCUCACAGCGUUGUACCCGAUAGUCACCUUGACCGUCUGACUUUGCACUUUUUAUAACUUAUAUUAUUAGCUUUUUGUUUUAAGAACAUGAUUUACUUUAACUGAAUGUCUUAUUGUUUUGUGUUCAACAUAUAUCAGCCCAGAGUGAUUGUGGCAGCAACACUACAGAAUAAUAUUAAUAAGUGCACGUAUCACAGUUGGUCAUGUUUGCAUUCCCCUUGUUACGAAGGCGUUUGUCAAGCUGAGUUAUUCAACAGGAGAAAUUGAGCACUUUCUUACUCGUGGAAUAUAGUGCUGUAUACAUGUAUAAUAGACUAAUUUAUGAUUGGGGUCCUUUUAUUUAUGUUGUAGUAGAUAAUUAAGAGUUUAACACAAGUUAUUAUGUGGUUGAUUUUUCCCAGUGUUAAUUCCGGGUGACUUUUAAAAAAGAGUUUGUACUUUAUCUGUGUUGUGUGUCUUCUGUUGAAAUGAUCUCUUCAGUGCGAUCUGUGAUUAAGAACCAAAGACAUUCCAGCGAUCUGAGAGAUUCUGCCUUUCUCUGCCAAAUAUCUUUCCAUGUACUCGUUGUGUACAGACGAUGCUUAAACAGUGAUGAAAACAGACACUGUGAAAUGUCUAGGUCAUUAACAGAAAAGGAGCAGUAAGAGGUGCCUUUUUAUCACAAAACAUGCUUCGGUUCAUCUCAGUAAGAAACACUAUAUUGACAUGUUUUAGUCAUGGGUCCUAAGGUACCCACUGUUCAUGUAUCAUUCCAAUGGUGCCAGUAAUCAUCACAUUUCCAUGCCUGUUAAGAUGCAGAUUCUUCAGGGUCGUGAGGUUUUUAGUAUUUUGUUCAAAGUGACUGACUGCUUUGUUUCCGUUCUGUCGAUCAUGUAAGAGUAGUUGCUGCUUUAAGUCAACUCUACUAGUAUUACCUUUUUAAUAAGGGAAGGUGGACUGGGUGUGUCAGUAGUAGGAUUUUGUAGAAGAGUUGUCUUCCAUCAAAAUUGUUUAAUUGUCAAAUCUCUAAAUAAAGUUUAUUUUCUGUCUUAACUUUC